AUGGAGGAUCUUGCAGCAUUCGAUAACAAUUACUUUCACGGUGGGCUACACGAGUACGAGGGGAUAUCAAGGGAGAUUUUCGAAAGGGACUUAUCGCACAUGUAUGAACAUCAUGCUGAAGAUGAAGAAGUGAGAAAAAGAGAGGCCGACGCAUUUAAUGAUGAGCUAUUACGUCAUGGUCUUGUGUAUUUGGUGAAGAAGAGUCUACAGAAACGAGAAGCUGCCUCAUCAUCACCGUCAGAAAAACGAAUAGGCAAACGUGAUGUCCCCAAUGAGAAACGAGCAUCGAAAAAGGACAACAGAACAAUAGCUCAAAUACUUGCGGCUUAUACAGAUCAUAGUCAAGUUUUAACUAUUCCCUAUGAGUCCGAAGAACAGAGGACGAAGUAUUUAAAAGAGAUUCAGCAGAUAUUUGUAAAUCCACCACAGCCAAAACUUAAUGCCAACGGAUGGCCAGAUAAAAGUGUUUAUGAUCCAGCAAAGGAUGUUAUGUUUUGGUGGCGGAAUGAUCCGGUGGCAAAUCAGCAUCAUGAGCACUGGCACAUAGUGAUGGCAUCGAUUGUCGGUAAAGAUCGUGAAGGCGAAAAUUUUAUAUACAUGCACAGACACAUGUUGUCAAGAUACGAUGCAGACCGUCUUGGAUGUGGCCUUGAAGUUGUCAAACCGUUGCCCGACUACGUAACCCCUAUACCAGAAGCCUUCUUUCCUGACCCAUAUUUAAGCCAAGAUAAUGAUUCUAACCCAUCAACUCCUCGUGUUUGGUUUCCAGCCCGUCCGGUCAAUGAAACAUUUAAAGACAUUGUUGAAGAUAGUGGAGGAUAUUUUACUGUUUAUACGGUUAAGUUCUUAAAUCAUACAUACAACGAGUUGAUUAAAUGGAUUGACCACAAUUAUACCAAAGAUCAUCCCGUCCAAUUGGGGUGGAACGACUCUGAGGCGCUUACUCUUGGAAGUAAGAUUGAGUUGGUGUUGCAUAAUCUGGGACACGAAAUGCUCGGCUAUCUCAUGCAUCCAUACACUCUUGGUUAUCCACCUAGUGUGCUGGUCGGUGCACGCGCUGGACUACGUGAUCCACUGUUUUGGAUGUGGCAUCGCCACUUAGAUCAUUUGUACGUGAGAUUUCAGAAUCACCUGGGUCCUAACGAUUUCAAAAAUGAUUCACCAAAUGUGACUAUCCGGGCGACCGACGUCUAUCUCGCGUUCACCGAUGUGCUGCUCAAGGCCGAUCCCACUGGCAAGAAGGAUGAUUGGCAAGCGUUUGGCGAUAAAACAUUCGGUGGAGCAAAGUUUGAUCUCAAUUGUUCGAAUGCGACGGUGGUUACCAACGAGUUACAGACAAAGAUGAAGCAUCGGAUUUUAGAGUGGAGAGAAGAUAAUCAUGAUAAGGAGAAUAUUACAUAUGUAUAUCCCAGGGAUUGGUAUUACUUUAUAAGAGUGCGAAAUGACGUUGACAUCACCAUGAUACUCACAUUCCGAAUAUUCAUCGUCCCCGCUGUGCUUGCCAACUCACCUACGCACUGGAUCGAGUUAGACAAAUUUAAACGUGCCCUAAAACCUUUUGAAAGAGCAGUGAUAACGAGAGCAUGUGAUAAAGCCGUGGUAAUACGCAAGCCAGCACAGAAAACCGCGGAACAAAUGGACUCCACUCAACUCAACAUCACAUUUUUGCAAUCCCUGUCAAAAUACAAUGACAGUCAAGUAUCCGAAGUAUUAUUCUGUGAUUGUGGGUGGCCGUACAAUAUGAUCAUACCAAGGGGGAACAGAAAAGGCAUGAAAUUCAAGAUGAUUGUAUACAUCUCGGAUGGAUUGAACGAUCUUGUGCCAACCUAUGAUCAGUGUGGUAGUACCUUGAUGUGCGGUGGUCAGGGUGUGAAAGACAAAGUGCCGGAUUCUAAACCUUUCGGAUAUCCGUUCAAUAGACCUUUUAAGAAAGGUUCUUACGUAGAAGCUUUUAAAGGAUUAAACAAUGUCAUCAUACGUGAUUUCACCAUAAGGCUAGUAGACAAUUUCACGGAAGUAUAG